AUGGCAACUGCGCUGAUUCACGCCGAGUUCGGAAAGGACUGCGACCUGUACGCAGCUUUGGGCGUGGAACGCUUGGCCAAUGACAAGGAGAUUACUCGGGCCUAUCGCAAGCUCGCGCUAAAAUAUCACCCUGACAAGCAGCGCGGCGAUGGGGCUUCGCGUGCCAAGGCGACGUCCAAGUUUCAGGCCAUCUGUGCCAUUCACUCGAUCCUGAGCGACAAAGAGGCACGCGCAGUAUACGACGAGUCGGGCAUCAUCCUAUCGGACGACCACGACGACAAGUCCCCGUCUUUCCAAAUGUGGUCGCAGUACUUCGCUCGGGUGUUCCCCAAGGUCACCAAGGAGGACAUCGCCAGGUUUGAGGGUGAGUACCGCCACUCAGACGAGGAAAAGCGCAACGUACUGGCCGCCUACACCAAGUACGAGGGAAAGAUGCAGCAUAUUAUGGACACAAUCAUGCUGUCCACAGACGAAGACGAAGAGCGUUUUGCUGAAAUGAUCCAGAAAGCUAUCAACGACAAGGAGGUAAGGAACUUCCCGACGUGGCAUGAGUACGCCAUGCAUCAUUCCAAGAAAAAGAGAAAGAAAGAGACCUCCGCGGAACAGAAGCGCAAACAAGCAAAGCGCGAGAUAGAGGCACAGGAGGCUGAAGAGCUCUUCAACAAGAUUCGUGGCAACCAGCACAAGCGCGGCGAGGGGCUAGAAAGUGCAGCGCUCAGUACUGAAAGAAAUCGUGGGUUUGAGUCAUUGCUGGGCAGCUUGGAGGCUAAAUACGCUGAAAAGGGCAAGAAGACGAAGCGUAAGGUUGCGCCACGGGGCUCUGGCGAGCCCAGCGAGGAGGAAUUUAUUGCGGCUCAGAAGAGACUUAAGCGCAGUAAGAAGAAAUAGUCCAAUGGGGUUCGAGGUAUGUAGCUUCAGAAAUGACAUGCACACUGAUGUA